CAGAAUGAUCCACACUGCGCUGAACACUUGUGUUUGCUUGUAACACAUCUCUGGUAAUACAUUUUUUGUUGUAACGUAUUUCGUCUGACAGAAUGGGUACUUGGUCUUUAUAUUCAUAUACGUGAAAAGUAUUUAUUACUUCAAUAAAAAAUGGAGGACGAUUGCGAUACUACGAUUAAGGACAAAUUUCCGGAGCCACAAAAGAAAUUCUGGCUGAGAUCAAGAAAGCGUCCAAAUAGCGAUGCGGUCAGCGUCAGUUCAAUGGAUGUUUCGAUUGGGUCAGAUGCUGGAAAAAAGAAAAAACGACGACGGAUUACCGAGGUGGCCAGCAAUUUCUUCUUAUCUUCGGUUCCAACAAGCAGCAGAAUUGGAAAUGUACUUCAAAGAUCAUUUAGCAUUCAAGCGAACUCAUCAGAUCUGUCAUUGGCUGUGGAUGAACCAAACUUGAGCACAAUUAGGAAAAAAAUCAGAGGAACUAAUGGAAAAUUAGUCAAUGCUAGAAUCCGCAGCUGGGUUGUGGAUGUUGCAGAUGGAAAUAAUGGAGUCCAUCCAGAUAUUAGCCUCAGUCGAAGUGGAAUAAAAAGACAAGAAGCCAUUUAUGAAUUGUGUUGUGGUGAAGAUGUACUCCUACAUGAUCUUUGUAUGCUUAGAGAUGUAUAUUAUGAACCAUUGCUUUCAACUGGUAUCCUUAAUACAAAUGACAUGUCCAUACUUUUUGGAGAUAUAUCUCAAUUAAUAGAGAUACAUGGUCAGUUGAGAGAUGAAUUGGUUAAGCUGCGAGAUUCAAAUGGUGUCACAGAUACAGUUGGGCCAAUAAUACUUAAUUGGGUUUCCACUUUAACAGAACCUUACAUUGAAAGAUGUAGAACUCAAGUAUAUGCAAGGCAUUUACUAGAGAUAAAAAAAGCGAGUAGUAAACGCUUUCAUGAUUUUUUAAAAAAGCGUGUACUCUCUCCGCAUUCUGUUGAUCUCUGGACAUACUUGGACGUACCACGGUCACGUGUUGUUAAAUAUCCUCUGUUGGUCAACGAGAUUUUACGGCACACACCCUCAGCUCACCCGGAUCAAGAGACGUUGAAGAAAGCGGCUGCUGUACUUUCCGAAUUACUCACGAAAAUCGAUAAAGCCAUGGGAGAUGCAGAGUGUGACAUAGCGAGAGGGAAAAUUAAUACAAAUUCAGAAUACGAUCCAAUGAAAUGUGUAGACGGCGCCACGGAAUUAAUAACGGAAGGAAUGCUUAAAGAUGCGCGAGGAACGAAGUUUUACUGUUUCCUUUUUGAUACGUGCUUCGUUCUUACGCGAGCUACAAGACGUCUCUGCAAAAAAUAUAAUAUAUCCUACCCCGUAAUAUCGCGGGAUCAAAUAAAAAUAGAAAUAGAGGAAAAAGAACCGGGAUUCAUCGUAGGUAAUCAUCAUCUAACGACAGAAGAUGAACAUGCACAGCGGCACUGGGUUGAUUCAUUCAGUAGAAUUAAUCGCAUUUCAACUGGAAUUGUCACGCGUCAGAAAAGCAUAGAUAAUCAGGAAAAGGAAAACAAACCGAAAGCAGAAUCACCAAUUUCGAAAAAUCAGCCCAAGAGAAGAUCUCUAAGUAGUCUCUGCGACAGUGGAUUUUCAGUUUCUCUUAGGAAGAGUCUUCUUAAACAGAAACGUAGUAGCGUUGGAUUCAUUUAAGGCCUUCAUGGACGAUACUUCCGUGCAAGUAGGAAGUAGACUGUGCGUGUUCACUCAGAGAGCAGCGAAUAUUGUUCCCACUUAGUAGCAAAUUUAUAUAUUUUUUUUGCUACAAGAUGCUACAUGAAUUCCUGCUCUCCUAACAAGACAUGUCUGUAACACUACAUGGAUCGGAGUGAGAAACUUUUUGAAGAGGUGUAAAAAACUGAGGAUAUCUGCAAAAUAUUAGCUGCUGGAUCUUACUUCAAAUUUUCGAGAUUGAAGUUUUCCAGGCAUUGUUGCAAAUAUCCACAUAAUUAGAUUUUUUUGUACCGCUUCGUAUAAAGAUUCAUGGUUACUUGAGAAUGUUCUUGUUAGGGAGUGUUAUCUUCACGUACAAGAAUUCAAAGACAAGUUUCCAAAAAAAAAAGAGAAUUCGGAACUGAUUAAAAUAGUGUCUAGUGUAAAGGAUCUUCUGAACUAAAGUUAUGAGUUCCUGAACGAUUAAAUCUACAAGGUCUGAAUGAUACAGUUACGUAUUCGUAAACGCAAUUGUAAAUUUUUAAGAUUACAACUCCAAACAUUUGAAAUACAGUAUUAAAUAUUUU